AACUGUAACGGAGAUAUUCUAAACAUUCCAAAAAGUGAACAGCAGAAAAUCUGAAAUUUAGGUGGAUUUGCACAUAAACCGUGCAAAAUGAGUAUGCAACUCAAACAUAUGCGUACUAUGCUGCCCCCACAGGAUGGGGCAGCAAAGAUUUGUGCCAUGGCAUGGUCAGCAAACAAUAUGAAGUUUGCUGUCUGUACUUCUGAUAGAGUAAUUCUGCUGUUUGAUGAACAAGGUGAAAAAAGAGAUAAAUUCUCUCUUAAGCCAGCUGAUGCGAAGUAUGGAAAGAGAAGCUACACAGUGAAAGGAAUAGCAUUUUCUGGUUGCUCUACUAAACUUGCUAUAGGACAGACAGAUAAUAUUGUAUAUGUGUACAAGAUAGGGGAAGACUGGGGAGAGAAAAAGGUGAUAUGUAACAAGUUUAUCCAGCAGAGUGCUGUAACUUGUCUUAUCUGGCCACCAGAUCAACCAAUAGUGUUUGGACUUGCAGACGGAAAGGUACGAGCUGCUAAUGUCAAGACAAACAAGUCUUCAACAAUAUAUGGAACAGAUUCCUAUGUUGUUUCACUGGCUGCCAAUCCAACAGGGAAAGGAUUUCUAUCUGGCCAUGCUGAUGGUUCUAUUGUUCGAUUCUUUUUUGAUGAUGAGGGAACUGGGGAUCAACAGGGUAAAAUAAGUACUCAUCCCUGCCCACCAUACGCUCUCGCCUACUCCCAGAAUGCAAUAGUAGCAGCUGGAUGUGAUAAACGUAUUAUUGCCUAUGGACGUGAAGGACGUAGCUUUCAACAUUUUGAUUACAGUAGAGAUGAUGAUGAACAUGAAUUUACUGUAGCUGUUUGUAGCCCUAGUGGACAGUCUAUUGUUGUAGGCAGUUAUGAUAGAUUGCGAGUACUAAACUGGAGUCCAAGGCGUCAGAUGUGGGAUGAACCAAAGUGUAAGGAUAUCAGGAACUUGUACACAAUUACAGCACUGGCCUGGAAAAAAGAUGGAGCUAGAGUCACUGCAGGAACUCUAUGUGGUGGGGUUGAGUUAUUUGAUUGCUGUCUCAAGAGAACAAUCUACAAGAACAAGUUCGAGAUGACACACGUUGGUCCUAACCAAGUUAUCGUGAAGAACAUGUCCAAUAAUACACGGGUCGUUCUCAAAUCUCACUACGGUUACGAGAUUGAUGAAGUGAGGAUUAUGGGUAAAGAUCGUUACCUCGUCUCACAUACCUCUAAUACACUGCUACUUGGUGAUCUGCAGUCAAAUAAACUUAGUGAGGUACCAUGGCAAGGUUCUGGUGGAAAUGAAAAAUACUACUUUGACAAUGAAAGUGUAUGUAUGAUAUUCAAUGCUGGAGAGCUGACAUUGGUAGAAUAUGGAGAGAACGAGAUAUUGGGCUGUGUGAGAACGGAGUUUAUGAACCCACAUCUGAUCAGUGUUAGACUGAAUGAGAGGAAACAAAGAGGCAAUGAGAAGAACAAGAAAAUUGCCUAUCUCAUGGACUUGAAAACCAUUGCUAUCAUGGAUUUACUAAGUGGGAUCAACGUUGGGCAGAUCAAUCAUGAAUUUAAAAUUGACUGGUUAGAGUUAAAUGAAACUGGAAGAAAACUUUUGUUCCGGGACAAGAGACUGAGGUUGAACUUGUAUGAUGUUGAGACACAGCAAAGGUCUACAGUACUCAGUUACUGCUCCUAUGUACAGUGGGUACCAGGCAGUGAUGUCGUCGUGGCUCAGAAUAGAGGAAAUCUGUGUGUCUGGUACAAUAUAGAUGCUCCAGAGAGAGUGACCAUGUUCCCUUUAAAGGGAGAGAUUGUGGAUUUAGAGAGAACAGAUGGUAAGACUGAGGUAAUUGUAAAUGAAGGUGUUACUACCAUAUCAUAUACUCUAGAUGAAGGACUCAUUGAGUUUGGCACAGCCAUUGAUGAUGGAGAUUUAGAACGGGCUGUAGCUUUCCUGGAAACUCUGGAGAUGUCAGCAGAGACUGAAGCCAUGUGGAAAACUUUGAGUAAAUUAGCAAUGGAGGAUAGGCAACUUCAUAUUGCUGAAAGAUGUUACGCUGCUUUGGGUGAUGUAGCAAAGGCGAGAUUUAUGAAGGAGACAUUCCGUAUUGCUGAAGAAGUGGCAAAGAACACUGGAGGUGAUGGGUUUAAUAACUACCGUGUCCGUGCUAGAAUGGCCAUCAUGGAGAAAAGAUUCAAGGAAGCUGAGAGUAUAUACUUAGAGCAGAAUCAUGUAGAUGAGGCUAUGGAGAUGUACCAGGAAAUGCACAUGUGGGAUGAAGCUAUUGAAGUGGCUGAGGCUAAGAGUCAUCCUGAGUUAGAGACAUUAAGAAGGAACUAUUAUCAAUGGUUGAUGGAGACUGGACAAGAAGAGACUGCUGGAGAGGUUAAGGAGAGAGAGGGAGAUUAUUUAGCAGCCAUCAACCUGUACAUGAAAGCUGGAUUACCAGCAAGAGCAGCCAGGCUGGCAACAAGCAGAGAUGAACUGAUGUCUAACACAGAUCUUAUUAGCAGGAUAGCUUCAGCUUUGAUCAAGGGAGAACUUUAUGAACGGGCUGGAGAUAUGUAUGAGAAGAUAAGAGAUUAUACACAGGCUAUGGGCUGCUUUAAGAAGGGCAAAGCUUAUAGGAGAGCUGUGGAAUUGGCAAGAUAUGCUUUCCCACAAGAUGUUGUGAAACUGGAGGAAGAAUGGGGAGAUUAUCUCGUAACACAGAAACAACUUGAUGCUGCCAUCAAUCAUUUCAUUGAAGCAGGAGCUAUAUCUAAGGCUGUAGAUGCUGCUAUCAACUCAAGGCAAUGGGCUAAGGCUGUCCAGAUACUUGAGCUACAAGAUUCCUCCCUCGCCUCCAAAUACUACAAGAAAAUUGCAGAUCAUUAUGCUUCUGUUGGGGAGUAUGAGACUGCAGAGAAACUGUAUGUAGAGGCUGGCUGUACUAGAGAGGUUGUUGAUAUGUACAACCAAGCUGGUAAAUGGGAACAGGCUCAUAAGAUGGCCUCGACAUACAUGAAGUCAGAUGAUGUUUCCUCACUAUAUAUAUCUCAGGCCAGGCAGCUAGAAGAUCAAGGCAAAUUUAAGGAGGCAGAAAAGUUGUUUGUUGCUGUGAAGGAACCAGAUCUUGCUAUCUCUAUGUACAAGAAGCAGAAAAUGUACAAUGACAUGAUUCGCCUUGUUAAAGUGCAUCAUAAGGACCUAAUUCAAGAUACAUAUCUCCACUUGGCUAAGGAAUGUGAGACUGACAAUAAUCUGAGACAAGCAGAACAUUAUUAUUGUGAAGCUGGAGAUUGGAAGGCUGCUGUCAACAUGUACAGAUCACAAGAUAUGUGGGAUGAGGCACACAGGGUGGCUAAAGCCCACGGUGGACAGACAGCUUCUAAACAAGUAGCUUACUUGUGGGCUAAGAGUCUUGGUGGAGACUCUGCUGUGAAACUUCUCAACAAGUUUGGUUUACUGGAGGCUGCAAUAGAUUAUGCUGCAGAAAAUUGUGCAUUCGACUUUGCGUUUGAGCUUUCACGAAUUGCUAUGAAGAACAAGCUCCCAGAGAUUCAUUUAAAGCAUGCCAUGUACCUGGAGGAUGAAGGAAGGUUUGCUGAUGCCGAGGCAGAAUUUGUUAGGGCAGAGAAACCAAAGGAGGCUGUUCUUAUGUAUGUACACAACCAGGACUGGGACUCGGCUCAGAGAGUGGCUGAAGCUAGUGAUCCAGAUUCUGUUGCAGAUGUUCUGGUUGGUCAGGCAAGAUUUGCCUUUGAGGAGAAAGAAUAUGCCAAGGCUGAGACAUACUUGCUAAGAGCACAGAGGCCUGAGCUGGCAGUGAAAUAUUACAGAGACUCUGGUAUGUGGCAGGACGCACUGCGUGUAUGUAAGGAGUAUGUUCCUCAUAAGUUACAGCAACUUCAAGAUGAUUAUGAUAGAGAAAUGACAGAUAAAUCUACAAGAGGUGCUGAGUCAAUGCUACAACAGGCAAGGGAUUGGGAAUCAUCUGGGGAAUAUGCUAGAGCUGUGGAAUGUUAUCUCAAGGUCACAGAUCAACUUACCAACGAUAAAGAGGUCUUGUCUAAAUGCUGGAUGAAGGGAGCAGAUUUAGCUAUAAAGUUCCUAGGACAAGAGAAGGCAGUCCGUGUUGUAGAGAUAGUUUGUCCAAGACUGGUAGAACAAAGGAAGUUUACAGCUGCAGCAGAGUUGUACCUGAGUGUUGACCUAGUUAAGGAUGCCAUUGACAUGUUUAUGGCAGCUGAGGAGUGGGGCAAGGCUAGGAAGGUGGCCAAGGAGCUUGAACCUAAGUAUGAGGCAUAUGUUGAAGACAGAUACAAGGAAUCUUUAAAGAGCCAGGGUAGAGCUGAUGUGCUGGCGGGUGUUGAUGUUGUAGGAGCUAUAGACAUGUAUAUAGAGAAAGGAGAAUGGCAGAAAGCCCUGGAUACAGCUGAGCAACAAAACCCGAAGGUCCUUCAUAAAUACGCUGCCCUGUAUGCCACACAUCUUAUCAAGGGCGGAGAUACAUUGAGAGCUAUGGAUGUGUAUGUCAAGUAUGGUGCUCCAGCUAAUGCACAGAAUUUCAACAUCUACAAAAGAAUCUUCAAUGAUGUAUUAUCAAUGAAAGACUUAAACAAACCUGAGGCUUUCAGAACAUGGGCUGAUCUGAGGGACAUGCUGUAUGAUUUGACUGAGAAUAUGAGGAAAUCCCCUGAUGCCAACGGUCCUGACCAUGAAGAGUUUGAGAAUUUCAUGGUUAUAGCUCAUUACUAUGCUACAAGAUCAUCAGCCAUGGCUCAUAAAUCUCUGGAUUCUAUUGCAACCAAGCUAUCUGUAUCAAUGUUGAGACAUACAGAUGUCAUACCAGCUGAUAAAGCUUUCUUUGAGGCUGGCAUGAUGUGUCGUGCAAUAGGUUGGGACAACAUGGCAUUUGUGUUCUUGAACAGAUAUCUUGAUAUCUCUGAGGCUAUAGAAGAAGGCAGUCUAGAUAUGAUAGAUCAUAGUGACUUUCAGAGAACUGACAUUCCGUUUGAGAUACCACUACCUGAGAAACCACAUCUUACAUCUCAGCAACAUGAAGAUAUUAGAGAGUGGGUAUUAGCUAUAUCAAUGGACCAGCAGAUAGAACAAAGUUUACCAAAAGAUGAGAGAGGUUGUUUUGAGGGCAGUCUGACAGCUCCUGACUCUGGUAUCAGAGCUUUACCCUGUGUUAUCACUGGUUACCCUGUGUUGAAUAACAAGAUGGAAUUUAAAGCCCCUGGUAAGGUGGCCAACAAGGAUGACUGGAACAAGUACUUGAUGGCAACAAAGGUGUCUCACAGUUCAGAGUUACAAGAUGUGCUGAAGUUUAUAGGGGUCUGGUGUGGAGCUACCCCUAAUCCUAGUUACUCUUUCCAGUAAAAUACAGCACAAGAUAACAGGAAAAUGUAGACUUUUACGACAAAACAAAUAACCUAGUUAUACUUAACAUGUGAUUUACAUUGUAAUUGUGACAUAAAAGUUGUAAAUGAUUCUAAUGAAUAAAAAAAAGACUUUACAUGUAUUUGGAGAAUUAACUUAAAAUUCAUGCUAAACUGAAAUAUAUUAUCAUGAAGUGAAAUUAUGUACAUGUAAGAAAACAGUCACAAAUUGGAUGUUUAUCUACCAGUAAACAUUCAAACGUUCAAAUUAAUUUUUGUAUUGUGACUUUUUAAACUGUUUUUUUAAUGUCAUAAUGGUGUUAUUAUUUUUGUUUACUGUCAACUAACUUGAAUUCAUGAAAUACUAUUUAAAGUAAAC